AUGACCAGCCGGAAUGGUACCUAUGGCAAGCGAAGGGCUGGAAUUUUAAAGAAAGCUCAGGAAAUAUCAGUGUUAUGCGACAUUGACAUUAUUCUCCUUAUGUUUUCUCCGACUGGAAAACCGUCAAUUUUUCGUGGACAACACAGCAACAUCGAUGAGAUGAUUGCAAAAUAUGCACAACUAUCUCCAAAGGAAAGGACCAAAAGGAGGUUGGAAAGUCUCGAAACUUUGAAGAGAAACUUUAAGAAGCUUGAUCAAGAUGUGGAUAUUGAAGAGUUUUUGGAUGCAAGUUCUCCCUCAAUUGAGGAAAUGCUCAACCAGGCAAAGAUGCUGCAAGAGCAACUUACAGAAGUCCAGAAAAGACUUGGCUUCUGGACUAAUCCCGACAAAAUCGAAGACAUUGAACAUCUCUGUCAGAUGGAAAAUUCACUAAGGGAAUCACUCAAUAGAAUUCACAUGCAAAAGAGUUCGUUUCAGCUGGAAAACUUAGGGAAUGACCAACUUAUGCCCUUAGACUGCACCGGCCAGGCCGAAUAUGGGAUGCAUUUUCCCCUGAUCACUGGUGGUGGUCAGGAUUGCCAAACACAGUCGUGGUUUCCAAAUGUUGAGAGGCAACAUAUGAUGCUACCAGACGAACCCCAUUUUUUGUCUUGUAGAGAUAUGGAGUGCUCCAUAGAUACAUCCCUUCCAAGCUGCUCGGGUUUAUUUGGUGUCAAGAAAGAAGCAGACCUUGACAAUUCAAAACUUGUGGAUAUUGGAAGACAAGAUGGGAUUACAAUUGAUGAUUAUACUAAUAGUUCUUCUCACAUGAGACUACCUCUAGGCGAGCAAUAUUCCUACCAUUCAUACGGGAAUUUAAGUUUGCCAGAAAUGAUGGAGCCUGAAAGAGAGGUGAAUUUUCACCCGAGUACCAUGGAUUAUCAAAUUAAUGGCAAUUUUGAACUACCAAGAUCCGUUUUCAAUGAUUUGGAGCAUAAUAUAGUAUCGGCAUCCGGCCCUUCUGUCCUAUCUAACCUUAAUAAUAACUCCUAUCAACAACAGCCACCAAACCACUUGAACAACUAG